GAAUGCGACCAUCUGUUCAAGGUCGUGUUGAUUGGCGACGCGGCCGUUGGGAAGACUAGUCUACUGCUCCGCUUUGUGGAUGGAACUUAUGCCGAGAGUUUCGUCGGUACCAUUGGUGCCAAUUUUAAGAUUCGUACCAUAAAACUGGAAGGGAAGACCGUCAAGCUGCAGAUUUGGGACAUAGCAGCCCAAGAGCGCUUCCGACCAGUGGCUUACUCGAUUUGCCGCAGUGCAGACGGGAUUAUUGCCGUGUAUGAUGUGACGGACGAUAGGUCAUUCACAAACGUCAAGCGGUGGCUACAGGAGAUCCAGUCAUAUGCGUCUGAAGGGGUGAACAAACUCUUGGUUGGAACUAGGUCAGAUUUGACGAGCAAGAAGGUUGUGGAAUACACCGUUGCCAAGGAAUUUUCCGACCAGUUGGCUAUUCCCUUCUUUGAAACUUCGGCAAAGAGUUCAACUAAUGUGGAACAGGUUUUCUUGACCAUGGCUAAGCAGAUCAAAGACCGGUGA